GCCGCGGACGGGCGAGCCAUGAACGGGGCGCGGAGCCUCUGUACGCUGGUGGAUGUGCGGAGCGAGGAGGACAGCUUGGACAGUGUGAAAAUAUUACGGCUGACGCUGCAGAAUGACCUCCCCGGCGAGAGGCGGGACCCAGUGAAGCAGAAGCCGGUGGGAAGGGCCUUUGCAAUGGUGGCCAACCGGCCCGCGGGCAGCCACGCCUUGGCUUCGGAGUGCGUCAAGUCCAGCGAGGGGGACGAAGAGAUCAUCAAGGUGUAUCUAAAGGCCCGAGCAGAGGACAAGGUGAAGCACGAGAAGAGCUCCCACCUGCUGAAAAGCGACAGUUGUCCAAGUCAAGAGCUGACUUCAGAAAAACAGAAUGGGAUCCGUCCGUACAGAACUACUUCGUAUCGAAGCCUGUCGGCGAGUGAGGAGGAGCCGUCCUACCCCGGAGAAGACAUCCGGAUCAUGCGCGAGACGACCAAGAGGCUUUUCUCCAAGCUGCAAGAGGCAGAGAAGCGGCACCAGUCGGAUCGGGCCGCUUACGAGACUUCUAUCUCCCAUUACCGGAGGGAAGCGGAGCAGUCAGGCACGGCUCUCCGGCAGGCGGAACUGGAUCUGGCCGAGAAAGACCUGAAGCUGGAGGAAGUGCAGCGGCUUCUCUCGGGGAUGGAGAAGGAGCACCGGAGCCUCCUGCAGAAGAUGAAAGACGGCGAAUCGGAGCUGGAGGAGCUGCGGAAGCUGCGGAACGACCAACUGGCUGAGCAGGAAAGGUCAUCCUAACUAGAAAAGGAAGUUGCCACUUUGCGGGAGAAGAUCCACCACCUGGACGACAUGCUCAAGAGCCAGCAGCGCAAAGUCCGGCAGAUGAUUGAGCAGCUUCAAAACUCCAAGACGGUGAUUCAGUCCAAGGACGCAAUCAUUCAAGAGCUCAAAGAGCGGGUGGCUUACCUGGAGGCCGAGAACCUGGAGAUGCACGACCGCAUGGAGCACCUCAUCGAGAAGCAGGCCAACGGCGACGGGUGCAGCGCCAAGCCCCGCUCCAAAUCUGAGUGCCUCAGCAGCGGCCCGAGGGUCACCAAGUCACUGGGACCCAAACCCUUGCCUCUGAUCCGCGUGGUGGAAACAUGAACCGGUUCCCAGCCGCCCGCCCCGCCCGCCCCAAAGGUUCAGCUCCGGGGUGAAAGAGACUCAUCCCCGCCUCGCUUAAACCCUCGGCUGAUCGGCGCACCAAACAGCAGCGGCUUCCAUAGCGGGCACAGGCCGCCCGGACGUUGUGGGCAAAAA